UUCCCCCUUGAAUAGAAAAGCCAAACGAAGAACAAAGAUAAACAGAUAAAACUACUCAAUGAAAUCUUACAUGGAAUUAAGAUCCUCAAACUUUAUACAUGGGAGCCCUCCUAUAAAAAGAAGAUUAUUGAAAUUCGAGAGCAGGAAUUGGAAGUUCAAAAAUCAGCUGGGUAUCUUGCUGUAUUUUCUAUGCUGACAUUAACUUGCAUUCCAUUCUUGGUGUCCCUGGUGACAUUUGGCAUCUAUUUCUUAUUGGAUGAAGGAAACAUUUUAACAGCCACCAAAGUGUUCACAUCUAUGUCUUUGUUUAAUAUUUUGAGGCUUCCUUUGUUUGAUUUACCAAUGGUAAUCUCAGCUGUGGUCCAGACAAGAAUAUCAUUGAAUCGUUUGGAAGACUUUCUCAACACUGAGGAGCUUCAUCCUCAAAAUAUUGAAACAAACUACAUAGGAGAUCAUGCCAUUGGUUUUACAAAUGCUUCCUUCUCUUGGGAUAAAACAGGGAUUCCAGUACUAAAAAACUUGAACAUAAAGAUUCCAGAAGGAGCUUUAGUAGCUGUUGUAGGGCAGGUUGGAUCUGGAAAAUCAUCUGUACUUUCUGCCAUUCUGGGGGAAAUGGAGAAACUUACAGGAGUUGUUCAAAGAAAGGGUUCUGUGGCUUAUGUUGCCCAGCAGGCCUGGAUUCAGAAUUGCAUUUUACAGGAAAACAUUCUCUUUGGCUCCAUCAUGCAGAAGCAGUUUUAUGAGCAAGUAUUGGAAGCCUGUGCCCUCCUUCCUGAUUUGGAGCAGUUACCAAAUGGAGAUCAAACUGAGAUUGGAGAAAGAGGUGUGAAUAUAAGUGGGGGCCAGAAGCACCGCGUAAGUCUGGCCAGAGCUGUGUAUGGUGGGGCUGACAUCUACCUCCUGGAUGAUCCCUUUGCUGCAGUUGAUGUCCAUGUUGGAAAGCAACUUUUUGAGAAAGUGAUUGGGUCCUCGGGUAUUUUGAAAAACAAGACUCGCAUUUUAGUGACACAUAACCUCACACUUCUGCCACAGAUGGAUCUGAUUGUUGUAAUGGAGAGUGGCAGAGUUGCACACAUGGGAACAUACCAGGAGCUGCUGUCGAAAACCAGAAACCUCACAAAUUUGCUUCAGGCCUUCAGUGAACGAGAAAAAGCUCAUGCUUUAAAGCGAGUCAGUGUAAUCAACUCCAGAACUAUACUGAAAGACCAAAUCUUGGAGCAAAAUGAUAGGCCCUCACUGGAUCAAGGAAAACAGUUCUCAAUGAAAAAAGAAAAGAUCCCUAUUGGUGGGAUGAAGUUCUCAAUCAUUCUGAAGUACCUCCAAGCCUUUGGCUGGCUCUGGGUGUGGCUGAGUGUGGCUGCUUACCUCGGGCAGAAUUUGGUGGGCAUUGGACAGAAUCUAUGGCUUAGUGCCUGGGUAAAAGAAGCAAAACACAAGAAUGAGUUCAGAGAAUGGAAGCAAAUAAGAAGCAAUAAACUUAACAUCUAUGGAUUACUGGGAUUAAUGCAAGGUCUCUUUGUCUGCUCUGGAGCCUAUAUACUCACCAGAGGAUCCCUGGCUGCAUCUCGAACUUUGCAUACUCAGCUAUUGGAUAAUGUGCUACACCUCCCGCUCAGGUUUUUUGAAACGAAUCCCAUAGGUCAGAUCAUCAAUCGGUUCACCAAGGACAUGUUUAUAAUUGAUACACGUUUCCAUUACUAUUUACGGACCUGGGUGAAUUGCACAUUGGAUGUUAUUGGAACAGUUUUGGUCAUUGGGGGAGCUUUACCACUCUUCAUUCUGGGGGUUAUUCCCUUGGUGUUCCUCUAUUUCACUAUACAGAGAUACUAUGUGGCGAGUUCUCGGCAGAUUCGACGGUUGGCAGGAGCAUCUCGCUCUCCUAUCAUUUCACACUUUAGUGAGACUUUAUCAGGGGUGUCCACUAUCCGGGCAUUUGGACAUGAACAGAGGUUCAUCCAGCAAAACAAAGAGGUGGUGAAUGAGAACCUGGUCUGUUUCUACAAUAAUGUAAUUUCAAACAGGUGGCUGUCUGUUAGACUUGAAUUCCUUGGCAACAUAAUGGUAUUCUUUGCUGCACUGCUUACUGUGCUGGCUGGCAAUUCUAUAGAUUCAGCAAUAGUUGGUUUGUCCAUAUCCUAUGCCCUAAAUAUUACUCAAUCUCUGAAUUUUUGGGUGAGGAAAGCUUGUGAAAUUGAAACCAAUGCAGUUUCCAUUGAAAGAGUUUGUGAAUAUGAAAAUAUGGAUAAAGAGGCACCCUGGAUAAUGUCUAAAAGACCUCCAUCACAAUGGCCCGAUAAAGGGAUAGUGGAAUUUAUUAAUUAUCAGGCUCGAUACCGAGAUGAUCUUGGUUUAGCAUUACAAGAUAUCACUUUCCAGACUCAUGGUGAAGAAAAGAUUGGAAUUGUGGGACGGACUGGAGCAGGCAAAUCAACGCUUUCAAAUUGUCUAUUUAGAAUUGUGGAAAGAUCAGGAGGCAAAAUUAUUAUCGAUGGUAUUGACAUAUCCACUAUUGGACUUCAUGACCUUCGGGGCAAACUUAAUAUUAUUCCACAGGAUCCUGUUUUAUUUUCUGGUACCCUUCAAAUGAACCUGGAUCCCCUAGACAAGUAUUCCGAUAGCGAGCUGUGGGAGGUGCUAGAACUGUGUCACUUAAAAGAGUUUGUGCAGUCCCUUCCCAAGAAGUUGCUGUAUGAGAUUACAGAGGGAGGUGAAAACCUCAGCGUUGGACAAAGGCAGCUUGUCUGUCUUGCUCGUGCUUUGCUUCGAAAAACAAAAAUUCUCAUCUUGGAUGAGGCAACAGCCUCCAUUGAUUUUGAGACUGAUAACUUGGUGCAGACCACAAUCAGGAAAGAGUUCUCUGACUGUACCAUCCUGACGAUUGCUCAUAGACUGCACUCUAUCUUUGAUUCAGAUAGGGUACUUGUUCUAGACUCUGGAAGGAUUACAGAAUUUGAAACACCACAGAAUUUGAUAUUCCAGAAAGGACUUUUCUUUGAAAUGCUAACAGAAGCUGGAAUACCAGAAGACUCAGUGACAAAAUAAUAAAAACUUUUAGCUAUAGAUUGAUUAUACUGAAUAAAAAAUAGAUUCGUAUUUUAAAAAUAACAAUGGGGAGAACCGGAAAACUGAUUAAGGUUACCUGACUGGAUUCUUUUCACAUUGCAGGGUACUUGUUCUAGACUCUAGAAGGAUUACAGAAUUUGAAACACCACAGAAUUUUAUAUUCCAGAAAGGACUUUUCUUUGAAAUGCUAACAGACUGGAAUACCAGAAGACUCAGUGACAAAAUAAUAAAAACUUUUAGCUAUAGAUUGAUUAUACUGAAUAAAAAAUAGAUUCGUAUUUUAAAAAUAACAAUGGGGAGAACCGCACAAAGGCAGGCCCCUGGCUACAUGUUCGCAUAAAUACCAAAAAGCAUCAGAGUUCCAACUAUCCUGGGCUGCACCCAACCUUCUCUCUUACACUCAUGCCCUCCGGAAUAUCUGCCUUCUCCACAUUGCCCAAAGUACUACAUGCCAUGUAUCCUUUAAGUCUCUGAGUUCAUUCAGGAGUCAUCUUCUCUGUGAAGGGUCCCUUGAUUUCCCCCCUGCUCUCCGAUCUGAUCUAGCUGUCCCUUUUCUGUACUCACCAUCCCCGUGUGCAUACUGGUGUCAUGACAGGGACCAUACUCUUAUUUUAAUUAUUUUAGUCUGUCUUCCCACUAAAGCUACUUGAAGGCAAGUACCCAGUGUCAGUCAUCUUUGUAUGUUGGGUUCCUAGCAUAGUGAUUUUCAUCUAGUUGAUACCCAACCAAUGUUUGAAGAAUUAAUGACUUGGCAUUUUCGAGUAAUAUAAUACAGGUAUUUAUAGACAGACAUAAUACGUGUUGAGCUACUGUACAGUAUAUAAAAUGAUGGGGGAAUCACAGAAAAAAUAUUAGGAGUUAUUCAGUUGCUUUUUAGAAAUAAUAUAUUAACUGUAUUUUAUGGUAUACUUUAUUUUAAAAUAAUAUUUUAUAAUAUUUUUUACUAUAGACUUUGAGUAAAAAACAGUACUUUCUAUGCAACAUUAUUUUUGGCUGGAUUAACCUCAGUGACUUAGGUAUCAGAUAGUAUACAUUCACAAGAAGAUUGUUGGCUUGUAAUACUGAUCAUAUUUUGAAGGACUUUUUAACUGUUUUAUGUAAUAGAAGCAAUAUUAUUUCUUGAAUUGCCCUUCAAAUUUGAAGUAUUCAAAUUUAGUGGCAUUUUCCUUUUAAGAUGAUUUUAAUAAA